CACUUCCGUGUUUACGUUCAGCGCGUCCAAUCAGCUCUUUCGAAUCAGAGCACCGACCAAUCAGAACAUUCUUUUUAAAAAAUCGUUGUCGCGAGAUUUCAACCGAGCUUUGUUCUGCGGAUGUCCUCAGAUACAAGAGAAAACGGCGAAAGUGUGUCUGUAAAAUGUGUUUUUUGUUGUUGUUUGUUAAGUAAGGUCAACAUGUUUUUUAUUUUUUAUUUAAAUUGAGAAGUCCCAGAAAGCAUAUUAGAAAGCAAUUAAAAGUACACAUAAUAAAAAAAUACCUUUAAUUCUCUUGAAUAUAUUUUAUCCAAAUAAAAAUAAUUAAGAAUGCAAUACUUUUUUCUUUUUUAACACAAGAAGAGAUUAAUAAGGAUUGCUUGGUAAAAUGUAAUCUAAAUUAGAAUCUUUUUACAGGAAAAUAAUUUUAUUUCUUAAAAUAAACUGAACACAUCAAUCAAGCGCAACCUCUAUUUAAACUACCAAAAAUAACAAUGCUGUAAAUUACAUGUGUAGAGACAUUUUUUUCUCUUUAUAAUGAAGUGUUUUGGCAAAUCAAAAUUAUUAAGGUUUAAUCAAUUAGUAGAAAUUCCUAUUUUUUAUACUACAGAUGUCUUUGUGCGGUAUUUGUAAAAAAAAAAAAAAAAGUGUCCAAUUAAAGAGCUUGUUAUACAGGUGAGACUGUUAAUUGCUGCUGGGAUAGAGAUCUACUUUGCACCCUGCAGAGGGGCUUAGAUGUGGCCCAGUUUGAUCAUCUCUUCCCUCCGUCUCCUGGGUGAUCUGCUUGGUUUUAACAGACGAGAUCAGAGGAGUCAGAGCCUUUACUUUUCCACAACAUAAAAGUAGAAAAUGAUCAUGGAGAUCCUCCACACAAAGAGGAGUUUGUUCAGAAGGUGAAGACUUUCCUCCAGAGUAGGAGCAAGCAAACUGCAGCGAUUAGACCCAAAGACUUGGAAGCAGGGCUUUUAUUGUGGAGGGAUGAGGGAGGGGGGGAGAGAGGGAGGACUCUUGAGUCUGAACUUGUGUUUUCCUCCAGUUAUUGCUUAGAUUCAGUCUAACAAAGUCGCACAAGCGCAGCAGGCGUAAUUAUCAAGAGAGGCCGGGCGAACGAGGCUGACAUGAACUGCUUUAAAGGGGAUGGAGACAGCAAGUGGGCCGUUCACUACACUACCCAGAAGCCUCAGCAGGGACUGCGCUUCAUUCGCGGGAAGAGGCAGUCCAACAGUGCAGAUGACCUUAGAGCCUUCCAUUGGCCAGCUCAGCAGAGCCCUGGAUCCAAGCCCUGCCCAUCGAGCCCCACCUUCUCCCCUCUGUCUGGUAUGGACCAACCAGACGGCAGCGCACACAGAGGAUGGAGGGACAGAAGCAGGAAGAUGUCAUCGGCGUCUUCGGAUGACGAUGAAAGGUUUUUCUUGACUAAAGGUCGACCCAUGACCCCAUUGGUCUUGAACCCCAUCAGUCUGACCUCCUGCUCUGAUGGUUUAACACCAACCUUUGAGUCAAACUGGGACUCGGAAACAGAUCCGAUUCAACGGCUUCCAACACCGGAGGAGCAGAUGAGGAGACAGGCGGAGGCGAUCGCUGCUGAUAUAGUCCCUAUCAAUGUCACAGGUGAGAGUUUUGAUCGUCAAGCCAGUUUUCGGAGAGCACUCUCAAACAGCGACUCCUUGUCCCGUCGAUCCCGAAAACUAACCCGCCGCAAAACUGUAUCGAACUUGCAAGACGAUGCGAGUCCCAAGACUUCGGUCUCUGUUGACCUUCCCGGUCAGUUUUCCACAGUGGGUCGGCCUGCCUCUUCCUGCGGCUCCUCCAGUAGACAGAAGAACAAAGAGGCGGAAGUAGCAGAGGGAGGGGAAAUGAUUAGGACAGAACUGCUUUCAUCAAGGAGGAUUCGAGCCCCAAAAGGCGAAGGGAUGUCUAGUCUCAUGGCUACCCUCACGUCCUCACCGCGCAUCGAAAGACAGCCCACCUCUGAGACCCAAACACAAUCCUCCCCAACUUUCAACUACAGUUCUGAUUGUGAUCCCUACAAGAUGCUUGGAGUCUCUUCAUCUUCUUGUCAGUCAUGGGAUCUUCAAGGUUUCCCAAGUGAUCUGGAUCCCCAGAUGCUCUAUGACACAAAUGUCCUACCAGAGUCUCCUUCCGCAUUGUGCCCUUGCUUCCUUUCCGCCCCAAAUACCCCAUGUCAUCUUCACCAACCAGAGUGCACUCAUUCCAACAAAACUGGCAUAGCUGAGAAUCGAUCUUGCUCCCACUACUUGUCCACCUCCUCCAUUUCUGACUCAGUCUCCCAAUAUAGUUAUCAGGCUCUAGAUGACGAGACAACCAUUGACCGGAAUGCCCAGUACUUCCGUGACAGUGACUCUUACGAUGGCAAGAGAUGGAACUACAAGCCCAUCUCCCCCAGUUCCAGUGUGCACAGCCACAGCACCCACGAGACAAGAGGCAGGUCUGAGGAAAACUGGAACUGUGAUCCUCUGCUCUCUUCUGGCCGUUCAACCCCCUCCUGCACGGACAGCAACUCUUGUUGUUCAGAGAUCACCUCCUCUUCCUCACUGAGCCGAAGGAAAUCCAGCACUUCCUCCUAUUAUUCCCCUACCGUCACUCGCAGCAUUUCCCUGCGCAAGUCCAAACGACCACCUCCUCCGCCAGUACGAUCUGACUCUUUGAGGCGCCGAUCCGGUCGCAGCAAGCCCCCCCGAUCCUCUUCAAGCUUGCGUCUAGAGCGCAGCCCUCGCGCGGAGCGCUCUACUUUGCAAACACCCACCUCAUCUCCGCAAGUCUUUUACGAUCCUUGGGUUCCUCAAAGCAGCACCACUGGGUCCAACUGCAGAACUGUCUCAACCUUUGAGCCUUUGAAGCCAGAUGUGGGACCCUCUACCGACUCACCCCCUUUUGACUCCACCCAGACGAGCCGUGACCACUCUCAUGUCCUCGAUUCGAAGUCUUCAGGGUCAAAAGAUGAACAAGUGGAAUUCCCUGACAGGCACGAUGCACCUGACUUCUCAGUUGCUGGGAUUCAGCGCCUUGCCUCUCCGUCCAGUGGCUACUCAAGCCAGUCCAACACACCAACUCCUGGUACUCCAGUGUCCUCUCCGCUUAGUCCCUCCUCCCCUCUGACACCAAGUACUGGAGCUUUCCCCAUCUUCCCAUCCUCCCCUGUCUCCUCCUCCUGCUCCUCUUCCUUUCCUUUGCCUCCGGCUUCUUCUCUGCAGAGAAAAAAAUCCAAAGCUGACGGGAAGAGAAAGCCAGCCAUCCCUGAGAGAAAGUCCUCACUCCUCUCUUCUCCUUCUUCCUCAUUCUCCUCCACCUCCUCCCUUUCCUCGUACACGUCCUCUGACUCCUCAGCCAGACAUCCUCUUCUCCCUCCUCCGCCUCCACCUCCUCCCCUUCCUCAGUUUUCUUGUUCAUCUGCUCCUACCACUCCUGUCUCCAAGUUCUGCGUCCGUGAGCCUCUCCCUUCAACCAAACACAGUGUGUCGCCCAACCUGUCUCCCUAUUCUUUCCCACCUCCUCCACCUCCUCCACCCCUCCCAGAAUCCUCACCUUCUUUUCCUCCCACUUUUCCUGUCCUAAGCAUUUGCUUUCCUGCCAAUCUGCCUUCCCCUGUUUCAAAUCCUCCACCACUUCCUGCUCCACCACCUCCUCCUCCGCCUCCUCUUCAGCCCUCACUUUCCCCAUCCCCCUCUUCUGCCAGGCCUCCUCCCCCUCCCUACUCCUACGCAGUGAAGAGGGCUUCUGAUCAGGCUUUGGUGUCCAAACUGCCACCCAAUUACCCUCCUCCACCGCUUUCUCCACCACCCAGUCCGUCUUUAGACCUCUCAGAAAUGCCUGAUCUUCCUCCCCCGCCGCCACCACCACCACUAUCUCCUCCCUCAGCCCCCUUCUUCUCCUUCUCCCCUCCAAGUUUUGGCAUGUCAUCAGAUCGUGACGGUAAAGUGGGCUCACCUCCUGGCCCGCUGGUUACUGCGCAAGAUUUGCAGGGCGUCAAGCUCCGCUCUGUCAAAAACCAGGAGGAGCAGAGGGCCAACAACAACACCGAUGAUGGUGAGCUCCUCAACCGAGCCGGGUCACAGGCAGAUGACAUGAACCACAGCAUGGCUGCUCAACAUUACAGAGCUGAGUUAGAUGUAGUGAUUUCUGAAACUUUGGGUAACACCGAAGUUGAGCGAACCCAAUCGAGAUUACCAGAUGCUUUCAGUGACGUUGUUCAGGAUGAGGUGAAUGGGUUUGUGGGUAAUUCUGACAGCCAAGGCAGAAAUGACUCCAGACCGACCAACAAAAUGGAAACAAAACCUGAAACCAGGAUGACUGUUAAUGAGUCAGCUGAUUCGAAACCUCAGAACCAAAUAGGUCCAGAUACUCUGAAAAAAAGUCAACCUGGCAAAAGCAUCCAAACCACUGAACAUCAGAGGGAGAAUCCAGUCAGAGAUCCUCCUCUGGGAGACUCAAAAAUAUGUGAUCUUGAGAGUCCUUGGGUGAAAAUGUGUCAUACUACUGAGAAAAACCCAAUCAAUACAGUUAUUGAUCAAGAAAAAUGGCUCUUGGAGACAGAGCUAACCAACACUGCAGAGAAAAAGAGAGGAAACAUAACAGAGCCAUCAGAAAACAAAAGCAAGGUGACAAAAAAGGACUCUGGCAAUGGAGAUUCAAUGGCACCAGACAUGAAAAACACCACUGCCAACUUUAAGUCAAUUAUGACACGAAAGAUCAAUUCCCCAGAGAAACCUGUUCUACCAAAGAAGCCAGACUUUUGCCUUCUGGAUCCACCAGCGUCCCCAAAAGUCAAACGAGGUCCAGCUGGAGGCAAAAGCAGUGGACAGAUGGCAGCACAAGCUUCAGGCCCGAACAGCCCGUCCCAUAUCCCUGCCGAGUGCUUUUACAAACCACCGCCGCCGCAUGUUACCAAGAGCUCACAGUCACCAAAGCUUGUGAGGUGCACCGCUGACAGUUUUGUGGCUACUGCGAACUGUGUGACCCCCAGAGAAUCAUCUACAAGCUCGCCGCAGCACCAGAAGCCACUGGUUUUCCACAAGAAGCCAGAGCUUUCCUUGGCGUCGCCAAAAAAAGAAAAAACACAAUUUGCAUCUAAAAACGUUGGAGAAUCUUUUGGUGCAACUUCUCCACCUGGAAGCAUUUCAAAAACCAGUGAGAUGAGUUCAUCUGGACUGACAGCCAAAACAAAAGCUGCAAACACAUCCACAAAGAGCAGUUUUAUCAUAGAUACUGAAGGGCACAAUGGCCCCAAGGGGAUUAUGGGUAUAAGCGACAAUACCUCCAGCUGGAAGCAUAGACAAACUGGUAGAGCAGAUCCAUGCUGUCCCAUCAAGACGACAUCCGACCAGGAUGAAGAAAAGCCUUUGAACAGAAAAAUGAUGAGGUCGUCCCUGGCCGAAGAUGAAGAGGAAGCUGAGGAGAAAAGGCUCGCCAUGAGAGCGAGGGACACGGUUCUGACGAUGAUGAUGACUUCAACCAACAAAAAGUACAAACGGAACAGGAGGAGAAAGAGGAGACUCGGAAAGCAGCUCCUGAUGGUGUCAGCAAAAACGGAGCCCUCUCCUUCUUCGUCGUCAUCAUCCUCUUCGUCGUCGUCUUCGUCGUCUUUGUCGUCGUCAUCAGAGGACGAGCAGGGUUUGAUGAAAGGCGGAAGAGAAAGGCUGAGGACGAUCAACGUCUGCAAUCAAAACACGAGUGACUACAAGAGUUCGUGCGACGUCAUUGGCGGGAGCCGGUUCUCCAUCAGUAGCGUGCUUUCUGCCGACAGCCUGCAGGGGGAGCUGUCCCUCCCAGACCUUCUGAUACAGGAAGUGGGAGAGAAAGAGGUUGCAGAAGAGGAAGGAUUCCAGAAAAGAGAUGAGGACGUGAAUGAAGACAACACAUCUUCAGAUGAUAAUUUGUUGGUGAACGUUUCAGCGGAGCAGAUGUUUGUCUCCGGGAGACCUCGAACCACAGAGGACCUCUUUGCAAUCAUCCACAGGUCAAAACGAAAGAUGCUCGGCAGGAGGGAUUCACAGGAGGAGAGACGGCGCCUCUCCUCCUCCUCGUCAUCCUCCUCACCAGAAUCUAUCACUGUCUCUCAAAAGACUUGGACCUCCUCCCUGUGGAGCCAGCGCUCAGGAGGGAGCGAGAGCUUCAAAGCUCUCCUGCUCCGGAGGGGGAGUCGCUCCUCCUCUCGGCUCUCAGCGGCCGAGCGGCUUCGCGUCGUCCGGACGCCGUGUGACCUCCAGAGGGCGCCACCUCCGAUGAAUUUUCCCCCUGAAGAAGAGGCCCCCUCGACCCCCAUAUCCUCCUGCAUCGUCGCCACGAUGCUCGCAUCGAGACGUCUCCUCCUCACCUCCCCCUCCCCCGUCUUAAUCCUCCCCCCCAACGCCCGACCCCGCUCCCUGACCCCGCCCUGCUCCGCCAGCCGGCGCUUCGCCGCCCGCUGCCGCCUCCACGCCGCCCCCAUGACCGCCAUCUACGAAGCGGACGGCGAGGAGGAAGACGAGGACGUUUUUGCUCCGGCACCAGGGGGCAGCAGAGAGUCGAGCUUCAGAUUAGUCGAAAUCUCGUGAUUUUUUGAAACUAAAAUCUCAAAUAUGUUUUGUUUUUAAGGCUGAACUGUUUGGGUUUUUUCAUGAAAACUUUACGCUAAAAAAGUUUUCAUUUGCUUUUGAGGUACAACACUAAUAAGAAGUUUUGUUUUUGACAUUUUCUUCCAAAUUCAAGUCUUAAAUAAUUUAUCUAAGAAAUAUAUGAUGUACAAUGUAUAUAAAAUAAAAUAAAAUGUGUAAUCUUUAAAUCAAAUUAUUGGUUCCAAAUCAAUAUAAUAAAAAAAUAAAAAUGUAAAAUCUGAUUUAUUUCAUUUUUCCAGAUUAUUUAAAGUUAAAAUCAAAAGUGCACAAAAAAAUCCAUAUUUUGAUUUUUUUGUUCUUUUUUAUUGACACAUUUCGAUAUGUGUUUGAUCAUAAAUGUGUUUAUCUUCAAGCUAAAGUGGAUGUUUUCCUUCAGUCUGGUGUUUGCAGCUUCACUGCUUAGCACUGAUACGGAUGAUGAAAGUAGCAAAUGUUCUGUAAAUAAUCUCUACAUGGUUUUGUUUCUUACUGGCAGCAUUUUUCACUUUUUGAAAGCUUUCAGAUGGCGUUUUUUUUUGUAAGUGAGCAAAACCCGGCGAGGGGGCGGAGCUUUUUAAGGUGGGCGUGUUCUGUUUUUCUAUUGAAUGUGAAUUCCGAUUUAGUCAAAUGGAAAGUAGAAACGGAAACUGAAUGUGUGUAAAAAAAUAAAAAUAAAAAACAGAAGAAAAACUGAGAUGUAAAAUGUAAAGAAGAGAAAUAAAGGAAUGUAAAGAAG